GAAGAAUUGGACAAAUAUCAGAUUUUUUUCUUGUUGCUCAUGGUUUUCUCAGCAAAAAGCGCAUGCCGCGUGAAAACUCCAAUUCUGCUGACUGCAUCCUUUCAUAAAUAUGGGAGAUAGUCCUCAACAGCAUGGUGGGAGCACUGAUGGUGCACAAGAAUGCGAGAAAUGCAAAGCAUAUUCGCACUUAGGGCGUCUGCAAAGCUAUAAAAGGAGGGGAGACUUGGACAUUCGGGAAUACCUACAAAUAUACUCUGGAGCUGGUGUUGGGACAUCUCUGAAGGAAGCCUCCGACGUAUAUAUAAAAGAAUAUUACCCUGAAGCCUACACGAAGGCUUACUCCCUACCUGAAGGGUUCAUACUGAGUAGUCGGCUAUUUAAUGAACUGAAGGAGAAAGCCAGGCAAGAAGAGACGGAAAAUAUUGGCAUCCCAUUGCCCGAGGAAUCAGUUUACAUGGUGUUCAAUAAUCUAAAAGGCGCAUUUCAAGGGGUGCCAUCCCUUACAGUUAUGGAUUAUGUGUUCACGAACACCUUGCUCAAGGGUAUCAAUAAAGAGCAAAGGAACAAAUUCAUCAAGAACUUCGGAGUUACUGAAAUGGAUAUGGCAUCUGGUGAUCAUGAUGUCUUCGGCGUUGGAGUGUCUGGAAAGGAUAUCGUGGGCAUUUUCUUUCAAGUUAAGGCAACAACAAAUUUAGCAAAGCGAAGAACAUUUCUUGAUUCUCUUACCAAAGCCACUGAGCAAAUUGAGAAAGACCUCACUGUUUUCCGCACCAUGUGUGGCAAAUUCUUGAAGGAUAAUGUGAAGCUAACAGGUUUUGCAGCUUUCCCAAUGAUUUCAAAGUCAUAUUUGAAAGAAGAACUCAUUACAUGCAGCGAUUGCAGGUCACGAAUCCUCACCUCAGAUGAUCUCAAUGGCCUAAGAGAUUUCCAGGCGUUUUUGGAAUUAAACGACAUCAAGUUGAAGAAGUCCUGGGAUCCCGAUUCCCCUGUAAUGCAGACCUUCAAGGAUAUCUUCGACCUCUACGUUUGUGCAGCAUCAGCUGUGGACCUCCCACGGAACCCCACUCAGUUGUCCGUGCGAUGUGACCUGCAGAUGCAGAAAAUGCUCGCGAUUCUCACUCCCCAACAGAGAGACCUUGUGAGGAAUGAAUCUAAGGUCCUUUUGGUGACCGGCACGUCUGGAACUGGUAAGACGUUUGUUCUUAAGGAGAGAGCCUUGAAGUUGGCAACAAAGAGUGACGUGUUGCUGUUGAAUCUUCCUGGAGGGAAACUCACACAAGAUUUCCGAGAUGACUUCGAAGCUAAUAUCCAGUCACUCAAUCAAGCACAAGAAUGCGAGGAAUGCAAAGCAUAUUCGCACUUCGGGCGUCUGGAAAGCUAUGAAAGGAUGGGAGACUCGGACAUUCGGGAAUACCUACAAAUAUACUCUGGAGCUGGUGUUGGGACAUCUCUGAAGGAAGCCUCCGACGCAUAUAUAGAAGAAAAUUACCCUGAAGCCUACACGAAGGCUCACUCCCUACCUGAAGGGUACAUACUGAGUAGUCGGGCAUUUAAUGAACUGAAGGAGAAAGCCAGGCAAGAAGAGACGGAAAAUAUUGACAUCCCGUUGUCCCAGGAAUCAGUUUACAUGGUGUUCGAUAAUCUAAAAGGCGCAUUUCAAGGUGUGCCAUCCCUUACAGUUAUGGAUUAUGAGUUCACGGAGACCUUGCUCAAGGGUAUCAAUAAACAGCAGAAAGAAAAGUUUAUGAAAGAUGCUAGACUUACCAAUGAGGACCUGAAGUCUGGAGAUCAUGAUGUCUUCGGCAUUGGAAUGUUUGGGAAGGAAAUCGUGGGAAUUUUCUUUCAAGUUAAAGCAACAAAUUGCCAAAGAAAUAAAAAAACAUUUAAAAAAGGGCUUCGGAAGGCCACAGAACAAAUUAAGAAAGACCUCAAUGUUUUCCGCACCAUGUGUGGCGAAAUCUUGAAGGAUGAUCGCUUCAAGAAUGUGAAGCUAACAGGUUUUGCAGCUUUCCCAAUGAUUUCAAAGUCAUAUUUGAAAGAACACAUUAUAUGCAGCGAUUGCAGGUCACGAAUCCUCACCUCAGAUGAUCUCAAUAACCUAAGAAAUUUCCAUGCGUUUUUGGAAUUAAACAACAUCAAGUUGAAGAAGUCCGGGGAUCCUGAUUCCACUGUAAUGCAGACCUUCAAGGAUAUCUUCGACCUCUACGUUUGUGCAGCAUCAGCUGUGGACCUCCCACGGAACCCCACUCAGUUGUCCGUGCGAUGUGACCUGCAGAUGCAGAAAAUGCUUGCGAUUCUCACUCCCCAACAGAGAAAACUUGUGAGGAAAGAAUCUAAGGUCCUUUUGGUGACCGGCACGUCUGGAACCGGUAAGACGUUUGUUCUUAAGAAGAGAGUCUUGAAGUUGGCAAGAAAGAGUGACGUGUUGCUGUUGAAUCUUGCUGGAGGGAAACUCACACAAGAUUUCCGAGAUUACUUCGAAGCCACGGAAGAUCCAGAAGAGAGAAAGACGAUAGAAGUUGUUGACGGGAGAGAGAAGGGCAUGGAGGAAGAUUUAGAAAGACUGAAGAGUUUCCUAGAAAAAGAAGGAAAAGGAAAGCAUGUCCUCAUUGAUGAAGUCCCCAUCACACUUGGAUUUCCGGGCAUCAUCAGCCCGGAAGCCCUCUCCGACCAUUGGGGGAAAUGGAUUGAAGACUUAGAGAAACAUGUGAAGUCGAUCACUAUCUGCUUUAGACCAAAUGACCAAACUUAUACAAGGGAUUUUCCCCUCAAACAAGUCAAGCCGGCCGGGUUUGAAAUCAUAGCGUGUCUUUGUAUCGUCCGAGCCCUCCUUGGACUUGUCCGAGCUCUCGCCAAAGAUCCUAAGCCCUCUUCUACCGCUUCCUACGGAAGGAGCGAAGUAGCUCUACUGGAGCACGACGGGAACAAAUUCCGUGGGAAGCCUGCCUCCUCGGAUUCGUUCCCCCUCGUCGUUGUCACCGAGGAGGAAAUGAUGGGAUGCCACCCCAUGAACGUCACUUUGAUUCUCGACUUUCCUGGUUCGGUGUGGAAGAACUACUGUCGAUUGAUUGCGACCACUGGAGAAAACAAGACCCUCGUGAUCGAGGAAGAAGAGUGGAGAACGGGGAAGUUUUCUUUCGUCCCUGAAGUGGUAAGAAAUAAUCUUAAAUGGGAGACCAAGAAAAAAGAAGUGAAGGAAGAAGACCUAAAAAUAAAACUGGAGGAGGCGUGGGAAAAAUACGAUGACGUGAAUGAGGACGUCUUAUACCUGAGGGAGUGGAAUUAUUCUAAGCAAUCUAUCUCUAGAACGGAUCUGAAUCUGGAUUGUUGUGAAAUAGAGAAAGAUCCAGUCGUGGAAUUCAUUCAAGAAACGCGGCUCAUUGGAAUAUUUGGAUACCCUGCCUCGGGAAAAUCCAGGAAAGUGGAUGCGUUCAUUAGACGAGAGAAGAGCCAGGUUCUUGUUCUCCACUGCGGCGAUUCGAAGGUCUCAGUGAAGGAAACAGUAGACAUGCUGCGAAACGACAAAGGUUGCGUAGCGAUUGUACUUGAGUGUGAACCGACCAACGUGGUUCUAAUGAAGCACAUCCGAGAAAACGAGACUCCAACUUCUUUGAACUUGAACUCAAGGAAUCUGUCUGUGACUGCAAAGCCUGCAGCGAUUGUCCCAGGCCCUCCUGUCCAAUACGUCAAAAUUGAAGCCAAUAAUUGCUCGGGAAAGCAUUUUGGAUAUAUCUGCUCCGAGAGGGGUUCAUGUGGGAUCACAGCAAAUGUUCUCUCAUCAGUUAAAAUAAAGAAACUUUUGGAAGUGAAAAACCAAUCUGAGCAGAAAGAUGCAACCCAGCAUGAAGCCAAGUCCGCACAGAAAGACAUAUCCAAGCAGAAGGCCAAAUCCAAGAAAAAAGGGAAAUCUAAGCAACAAGGAAAAUCCAAGCAACAAGAGAAACCCGAGCAAAACGACAAAUUUAAGAACAAGGAACCCAGACAGAAAGUUGAAUCCGAAAAUUCAUAUAUUUUGGUUUCAGACGAAGGCCUACUCGAACCACUGUUAGAGAAGGUGAAGAAAACCUGGCCAAACAAAAGUGAAGACCUAGUCCAAGUGAAACACCUGAAGGACUUUCGUGGGUGCGAAGCUUCAGUCAUUAUCUCUUUCAACGUGAGCGACGACUGGCUGCUGGAGGUCAUCUCCCGCUCCAGGACUCAACUCAUCAUCAUCGACAACCUUUUCGAACAUCAAAACCUAUGGACGCAAAUGGAGAAAGAACGUCGUGUUGAGGUCAUCCGCUGCCCCACGGAGCCUGAAGACGACCUGAGCAUCCUCCUGCGAUUAGAUGACCAGGAAUCGUUCCUACACUUUUCAACUGUGUUGCAGAAGCCGACUUGGGAUGAAGUAGGAAUUCGAGUUGGAGGGAUGGCUGUGGAGAAAGAGGACAUCCUGGACAAGGAAAACGGCGCCAUUCUCCUCAAAAACAUCCUCGAAGUAUGGCAAGCCAUCGAUCCAGCCUUGAAUCCCUCAACCCCUUUCACUGAUUGGAGUUACGUACAUACUGGAAAGACUCCUGCUCCUAUUGAGAAUGGAAUCCUGGAAUGA